CUGGCGGCGGCGGCGGCGCUGGCCCUGGCGCUGGCGGCCUGGCGGCGGCGGCGGCGGCGGCCCGUGCGCGAGGUGCUCUUCUUCCCCUCGCGGCCCAGCUGCACCGAGGCGCUGCUGGCCGAGGCGGCGGGGCCCGGCGCGGCGGCCCGGCCCUGCCCCUGCCCGCUGCCGCGCGGCGACUGCUCCCUCAGCCGCCUCCUGCGGCGCCUCCUCUCCGCCCGCCGCUCCCUCGAGAUCUGCCUCUUCGCCUUCUCCAGCCCCCAGCUGGGACGCGCCGUCCAGCUCCUCCACCGCCGCGGCGUCCGCGUCCGCGUUGUCACCGACGCGCAGUACAUGGGGCUCCACGGCUCCCAGAUCGGCCUCCUGCGGCACGCCGGGAUCCAGGUGCGCCAUGACCAGGAGAACGGGUACAUGCACCACAAGUUCGCUAUCGUGGACAGGAGGCUGCUCAUCACAGGCUCCCUCAACUGGACCACCCAAGCGAUCCAGAACAACCGGGAGAAUGUGCUGGUUAUGGAAGACACCGAGUAUGUGAAGCCUUUUCUGGAUGAGUUUGAAAGGAUUUGGGAAGAGUACAAUCCCAUCAACUACAGAUUUUUUCCCAAAGACAAUAAAUGA